AUGGGUUCUCAUUUUAACCCGUCCCAACAGCCAAAUCUGUGGGAAGAAUUUAAAGAAGCCGUACAAAUUGCGAAACAACUUGCCGACGUUUAUAAUUCUUCCGUCUUGGACCUCAAACCGGAAUCUACAGAAAAGUUGAUGGCCUUUAAGAGAUCAAGCGAAAAGGCCCAUGUUGCUCUAGAGACAGUUCUAAAUUCUUUUAUUGCAUCAAAAUAUGAUGAUGGUCAUAAUAAGGCAUCAAAUAUUGAAAUACGUCAUGACCAGACACAAGUAUCAGCUCCAGGAAUACCACAACAUCAGUCAAUAUCUCAGUCUCAAGAACGCAUGCCAUCAUCUGAAGGCGAGCUGCGAUCGGAAACUAAUACUCAGUAUCCGCGUGAAACAGAAUUUACACUAUCUAGAAAUGUUUACUGGUCGUCCUCUAAUUCUCCUAAUCUGACACAGUAUGAAGUAAAAAAUGAGUCACGAUCUAAAUCACAAGAUCAACACUGA